CCGUGGCGCGCUGCAGUUUGGCGCCAGGCGUCUCAGCGGCCCCCUUACCGUGGAAACCACCUUGCUCCGUGUCACCGUGGCAACUCGCACGGCAGUUUCCGGAGGCGUUGGCCGAGAUUUGUUGAUCUACAGAAUGCUUCAAUACCCAUAUUUUUGUAGAAUCUAUAAAAAAUUUCUUUCGUGCUGGUUGGAAUCUGGCAUAUUUAAUUUGGGUGUCUGGCCAAAAAAAAUACAUGCUACAGCAGAAAGAUGUAAUGAAUAUGAAGCCCAGGAACAAACAGAUCAAACUGGAGCUCAGGAGUUACAAGACAGAGAUUCUGAAGUGAUGACUAAAUUACAUAUUCCAGUGAUGGUGGAUGAAGUUGUUCGUUGUUUGGCACCACAAAAAAGGCAGUUUUUUCUAGAUAUGACAUUUGGUUCAGGAGGACACACAAGAGCCAUUCUACAGAAGGAGUCAGAUAUUACUCUGUAUGCCUUAGACAGAGACCCAACAGCUUAUGCAAUAGCUGAACAGCUUUCAGAACUGUACUCUAAACAGAUCCGAGCCAUCCUGGGCCAGUUCAGCCAGGCAGAAGCCUUACUAAUGAAAGCUGGAGUGCAACCAGGGACUUUGGAUGGAGUUCUUUUGGAUCUUGGGUGUUCCUCCAUGCAACUUGAUACCCCUGAAAGAGGUUUUUCCCUUAGGAAGGAUGGCCCCUUGGACAUGAGAAUGGAUGGUUGCAGGUACCCUGACAUGCCCACCGCAGCUGAUGUUGUGAACGCUUUAGAUCAACAGGCACUUGCAUCCAUCCUGAGAACAUACGGGGAGGAGAAGCACGCCAAGAAAAUCGCUUCAGCAAUCGUUCAGGCACGCAGCAUCUACCCCAUCACCAGAACCCAGCAGCUUGCCAGCAUCGUUGCAGGUGCAUUUCCUCCCUCUGCUACUUAUGCACGAAAAGACUUGCUACAACGAUCUACCCAUAUCGCUACCAAGACUUUCCAAGCUUUUCGCAUAUUUGUGAACAAUGAGCUCAAUGAACUUUACACAGGACUGAAGACAGCUCAGAAGUUUCUGAGACCUGGUGGUCGCCUUGUUGCCCUCUCCUUCCAUUCACUGGAGGAUCGCAUCAUCAAACGAUUCCUGCUUGGGAUAAGCAUGACAGAAAGGUUUAACCUAAGUGCUAGACAGAAGGUGGUACAAAAAUCACAGUUGGGUUCAGAUCAUGAAAACACGGAAGGAUUCUCUAUAGGAAGGGCCCCUUUAAUGUGGAAAAUGAUGCAUAAGAAGGUACUUACUCCAGCAGAUCAAGAUGUACAAGAUAACCCCAGAGGACGCUCAGCCAAGCUUAGAGCAGCUAUCAAAUUAUGAGAAAGUUAUCAUCAUCUGAUUCUUCAAGUUCUUCCUCAGUUUCUCGUGUAAUAUUCCUGAACAGCCUAAUAUAAGAAAGUGUGGGAUAUAGAGAGAUAUGUACUAUAUAUGUGUGGAAAUAGGGGGUAUUUAGCAUUAUUUUCUCAAAAAGAAAAUGUAGGAAAUAUUAGCAUGACACAGAUAGCUCAAUUCAAGAUGCAGCAGUGUCUCAAAACUGGAAAAAAUUGUUUAUCUUAGCAUUAUAUUUGACUUUUGAAAUGCAGUCCUUUCUCUAACCAGGAAUUUUUUUAAAAAAGAAGAAGAAGAAGAAGAGAAGAAUAUGUGUAUUUACUUAACUAUGUAAAUUCAAGCUGUCAAAAGAGAGAUUAUAAUUAUAUCUGCAUGCCCAAAUUCUGAAUUUAGAUAUUCAGAUUUGCAAGACUGUCUAUAACUCAAAUAAUUAAU